GAUGGUGCAGCCUCAUAAAGCAUUAUGGGUAACUUUUCUCUCUCUUUCCGGUUAGUACGCCAUCAAGUGAGGCAUCAUGGGAGCGUACAAGUACAUGCAGGAGCUGUGGAGGAAGAAGCAGUCGGACGUGAUGAGGUUUCUGCUGCGCGUGCGGUGCUGGCAGUACCGCCAGCUGUCGGGCCUCCACCGGGCCCCGAGGCCCACCAGACCCGAUAAAGCCCGCCGGCUGGGAUACAAUUAUAUAUAUAUAUAUUAUACACACACACACCUCUGGAACUGGGCUGUUGUGAACUGGUCAUGUGCUGCUUCUCUGACGUCGCUGCUGCUCGUGUGUUUUCAGGAGCGUGCGGGCCGCCACUGUGGAGGUCUGCGGGUGCUCAGCUCUUACUGGGUGGGGGAAGACUCCACAUACAAGUUCUUUGAAGUGGUCCUCAUCGACACCUUCCACAAAGCCAUCAGACGCAACCCCGACACGCAAUGGAUCACCAAGGCUGUGCACAAGCACAGGGAAAUGCGCGGGCUCACGUCAGCCGGCAAGAAGAGCCGUGGUUUGGGCAAGGGCCACAAGUUCCACCUCACCAUUGGCGGCUCUCGGCACGCGGCCUGGAAGAGACGCAACACCCUGCAGCUGCACCGUUACCGCUAAACAGUGUGUGCUGCAACUGUACAUUCACCCAAAUAAAGUACCUUUUUGUGCUCA